AUGGGGACGGAGGUCGAGUACGAUGAGUUUGGGUUACCGGUUGUGAGGCUAAAGGUUUCAACCCCACCUCCGCCCUCAUCUCCAUCUGCUCUGCUAGUGGAAGGGAAGGGGAAGGGGGAGGAGAAGGUCGGCGAGCCACGGACCGAGGAGGUCGAGCCAACUGGAUCGGAACAGGAGAAAUCCACAGUUUCAACAGACGCAGACUCAACCAUAUCACCGGCUACAAACACACUAGCGUCACAGAAUGUAGCUACGGAUGUAGCCCCUCCAAUGGCGCCAAAAGAAAGUGCGAAUAAAACAGGGCUGGCAAACGAGGCGGCGGCAGCAGUGGUGGUCAAGGAUCAAGUUGUAAGACCUUCUGCUGAUAUCCCUCAAGCAGAUAGGGAGUGGAAUGAGAAGAAAAUGUUUUCGGAAGACCCCGCCGACCCCUCGAGCACCGUUGGGACUGGGGGUCCGGUAUCAGAAUGGUCACACCAGCAAAUUGUGCGAAGGGAGGAAGAGAAGGACAAAGACAGGGGGGGGGCAGAAGAGGAAGACGAUGGUUGGCAGGAAAUGCCCGCUAUCGCCUCACACGACCUCUACGAUGACGAAGGACGGUUAAUAGCCAAAGAGGCUCAGGAUUCUGAGGAUGAGGGGGAGAAGAGUGCGUCGAAGGGGUACACCAGGGUCUACGAUGACGAAGAUGCUCAGUCCGCUACUUCUAUGGAUGAGAAUACGAGUUACUUGUUCAAAGAGACAGAGGAUGACGAAGCUUCAAGGAACCCGUUAAGUCAGAUGCAGGCUACAAAGGAAUUGCUCACGGAGGGACAGAGAAUCGCCUAUGUCGGCGUGUGCAAGUUGGCCAUGGAGCGGAUGGUCACCGAUCAGGGGAAGUUGAAAGGAAAAGGACGAAGCGUGAAGAAAGAGCUGCAGCUUUCAGCGGAAAGCCUGAAGAUGUGGAGCCAAAAGAUGAUGGUUAGGUUGUACAUGCAUAUGGAUAUCUCGUCUGCUGAACAAGUUAUGAUUGAACAGUUGGCGGAGCACGGCGUCAUACCUGCAGACCUCACGUCUGCUCUUGCAAAGAAUUCUCGACCAGGCGUCAAGAACCCAACUGAGAUAUCUAACUCUAAAACCCUAGAUAUUGACAUUCGGUGGACGGUCCUUUGUGACCUUUUCCUUGUCCUUAUAGCCGAUUCUGUAUAUGAUGCCCGUUCCCGCGUUUUACUAGAAAAGGUUGGGGAGAUGUUAGGAGUCCCCUGGUUGGAUAUAUAUAAAUUUGAGAAGCGAGUGACAGAUGCCUUAGAAAUCCAAGAGUCAGCUCAACAGAAUUGGAGCGAGGAAGAGCACAUGGAGAAUCGUAGGAAGGCAGCAAGAAACAAGAGGUUCAUGAUGAUGGGCCUGGCAACUAUCGGCGGUGGUCUGGUCAUUGGAUUGAGCGGUGGGCUUUUAGCCCCCGUAAUCGGUGCCGGCUUGGCAGCUGGGUUCACGACGAUAGGUGUCGGUGGUACUGGGGCGUUCCUAGCAGGAGCUGGAGGGACGGCUCUUAUUGCAAGCAGUGCAGUUGCUAGCGGUAGCGUGAUUGGUGCAAAGGCGAGUUACAAUCGAACUAAAAGCGUUGGUAUCUUUGAGUACAGGCCACUCCAUAAUGCGAAGAGAGUUAACUUGAUUAUCACGGUCUCAGGAUGGAUGAACGGCUCCGAAGACGACGUGAGACUGCCAUAUUCAACCGUUGACCCUGUCAUGGGUGAUAUUUUCUCGAUUCUUUGGGAACCGGAGAUGUUGCGAUCUAUGGGUCAGACAAUCAAUAUCCUUGCAACUGAGGUCCUGACCCAGUCACUGCAACAAGUUCUGGGGAGCACCAUCUUGGUCGCCCUCAUGGCUUCUUUGCAAUUGCCCGUCGUUCUUACCAAACUCUCCUACCUACUCGACAAUCCCUGGAGCGUGUCACUUGACAGAGCCAACGCUGCGGGGUUAAUUCUCGCUGAUUCGUUGAUUCACCGAAAUCUCGGUGUGCGUCCUGUAACUCUUGUAGGUUACUCUCUUGGUGCACGGGUGAUCUAUUCCUGUUUGAGAGAACUACAAAGGCACCACGCCUACGGUCUGGUGCAAAAUGUUUACUUGUUUGGAUCACCAGUGGUAGUGAAGCAAGAUGAGUACGCAAAGGCGCUGUCUGUAGUUUCAGGGAGGUUUGUCAACGGGUUCGCCAGAAAUGAUUGGAUUUUGGGAUAUCUUUUCCGCGCGACAAGCGGCGGUAUUGGCCGUGUAGCUGGGUUGGCGCCCGUUGAUAAUAUUGUUGGGGUAGAGAACGUAGAUGUUACGGAGUUGGUGAACGGGCACAUGGCAUAUAGGCAGGCAAUUCCGAAACUCUUGAGACACGUGGGGUGGAUUGUUGUGUCAGACGAGUUUACAGAAAUACAAGAUCCGGCAGGUCUACCUAUCGAUCCCGAUAGGCACCGCGAAAGGCAACGAGAGCUAAUUGAGGAACUUGAGGGGGCCCGGAAAGAGCUUGAGAAACAACAAAAGAAGCCCCGCUUUUCUUUCUUUGGCAGGGGCAAGGAUGCCGCCAAAAAGAAAGACUGGGAGACAUACGAUGAAGUCAAGCCUGCCAACGAUCCUGGAAUGGAAAAAGACCGAGUUGAUCCAAAUGACCCAAAUACCGGCAUCAAAGAUGACAAUGUAAUCUUCGAUGUCGACGCCAUCAGAGCAGAGCUCGCAAAGGUAGGCCAAGACGAAAUUCAACCCAGAGAACUAAACUCCACACUUCCACCCCUCAAAGCCGACACAUCACUUCUGAAUUCACCAAUGCAAGCCAACCUCCGUCAUACCAAAAGCUUUGACCACCGCUCCUCAUCAUUAUAUGGCAUGUCCUCAAUCUCUGAGAACAAUGCCAGCCUCCCAUCUCUUCAGAACGGCCACCACCAGCCAACACCACUCGGCGAUAAAAACAACCGCACCUACAACUCGGACUCCGAAGAUGAAUUCGGGAACCCACGUACCGGUGAGAUUCAGAUGACUUUUGAUGCUCCAUCAGCAUCACCUCGAAACAUCGCCUUAUUUCAUAGGCCCGAGAUUAGAACCAGUGUUACCAUGCCCACCACCACUAAUGAAAGGAAUGUGUGGGCGGAUGACGAUGACGAUUUCGGUGAGGAGAAGGAGAUGACUAUGACUUUUGCUUAGAGGUUAGAGGUGGGAAGAGAAGGGGGAUUGUUUUGUAUUUCAUUCAUUCUUUCUCACCUUCUCUAAUGUUGAUAUGGUUUGUAUUGUAGCGUGCAUGCAUUUAUACCGGUGCGAUUGUGCUUCCUUAAUACCGUGGUGGAAAUAGAGGAAGGAAUGGAAUGGGGGGGGUGCUGCUCGGGGUAAGGGGACCGAAGGGUGAGAUUGUCGUGGAAGCAUACCAAUUGUCUCAAAGGCGUUUAAUUGGA